AUGAUAUCAUCACUUAUGAAUGGAUUUAUCAGAUGGUUGACUGCCCUGUUGGAUCUCCUAGAUGAGCGGCCAGCGGCUUAUCGAGCUGUGCCCCACGCUGGUUUCAGCUGCAGACUGCAGUGCAUAAAGGCGCUGAUAAAGAUAAGCGAUGCCAGGCACGCCGUUUUAGCCUUCCCCACACCAACUCCCAGCGGCUUGGGCCGAGAACAAACAAACACCCCUGUCGAUAUUUUUGCAGUGUGGAUCACUUUCAAACGACGCCUUCCAGCAAAAACAGACGGUACAUCUAACUUCGACGACUUCAUUCAUCAAACCACGCUCGACAACUUAUUGAGCUCAAGUCUCGAUCUAAUACAGACAGACAUUAGUAGUUUUCGUGUUAAGCUCACCCGAAUCGCAUCCACGAUGGACGUCAGCGACGUGACACCAGAGUUGGAACAGCUGGAGCUGGACCUCAACACACUCCAAGAAGUACUUCAACCACUUUUGAGUGAUGUCGGCGAUAUUUCGUCCAAGAUGCCACUUCUCGACAAGGCCAAGCUUUAUGUCUUGGUGUGUUAUGCGAUUGAAUCACUCAUAUUUUCGUCGUUGCGCCUAAAUGGAACGGAUGCAAAAAGCCACCCCGUUUUCACAGAGUUAACCCGCGUCAGGCAGUACUUUGAGAAGAUCCAGAAACUCGAGUCACCCCCAGAAGAGCGUGAAAACACGGUCAACACCGAGGCGGUGGCUCGCUUUGUCAGGAAUGAUUUGGCCGACAACAAGGACAUCAAGAACAAGCUGACGGAGCUGAUUGCCAAAGAAAAAGCGAAGGCCGAAGCCAAAGCCGCCACGGCUGCUGCGGAAAAGAAGCGGCCUGCAGAGGACUCAACAUCAGAAGUUCGUCCUGAAGAAGCUGGGAACAAGAUUGCCAAACGGCCGAAGCGUGAUGGAUCCAAGAAGAAGAAAUGA